AUGGAGCAGCAAGACAAAGUGGAUGCUGCCUGUGGUCCCUCCGACUUGGAAUGUAACAUGGGGAACGAGACUGGAGCCCCACUGGUCGUUGGUCCUGGCCUCAGAGGACGUGCGAGCCGCCGAGGCAGAGGCCACAGUUGUACCACCAGAAUCCAGGCCAGGGAGCACAGCGAGGCUCUGCCUGCUCUGGGUUCUGAGAAAAGGGUGCAUGGUGCACUGCUAAAGAGAAGACAGAUUCAACCACCAAGGACGACUAAGGCUGUAGCCGGCAAACCCCUCUGUCAGGGCAAGAAGUCCUCUGCCAAAGCAAGAGGUCACACAUUUUCACCUGCACCCUACAUGACAACGACCUUGGGCCCGCAAUUGAUUGCUUUGCCUUCCAUGGUGCUCCAUGAGGCUUUUGCCUUGUCCAACCCAUGCACGGAUCAGACCCCCCUGCCGUGUUCCUCCAUGGAGUAUCAUCCACCAGAGACACAGGUCCCUGCAGAGAAGUUUGGGCUCCCGAAUGGGCCCGUUACCUCUGACCAGGCCUCGGUUUCUGCCCCCUUCGAGUGUGAGGAGAUACUGCAGGCUGCUGCGGCCCUGAUGACUCUGAAGAACUCUUCUUGGACCUGGCGCCAGACCCACAGUUAA